GUCAUAUAACAAACUCUUUAUCUUCUUUCAAGAUUAUAUAUCAUGGAAUAUUAAUUAAUGUUCAUAGUUACAGGUCUGACGCAAUAUAAAGAUACAUUAUGUGUACUAAAAACCUAUUAUAUUUUUUCGGAUCGGUGGUUAGAGGUUUUGGCAGAGGUUCUAAAGUUUUAGGAAUACCUACAGCAAAUCUUGAAGAUAAUGUAGUAGAAAAUUUACCUAAUGAUUUUAAUACUGGAGUUUAUUAUGGAUGGGCUUCUAUAGAUGGACAAAUUUAUAAAAUGGUUGCCAGUAUUGGUUGGAAUCCAUUUUAUAAAAAUAAAAAAAAGACUGUGGAAUUACAUCUAAUACAUACAUUUGAAAAUGACUUUUAUGGAAAACAAAUUAAAGCCAUUUUUGUGGGAUAUAUACGACCAGAAAAAAAUUUUACUUCCGAAGAGGAAUUAAUUAAAGCAAUAAAAACUGAUAUUGCAUUUGCUGAAGAACAGUUACAAAAACCUGAUAUGAUUGCUUAUAAAUAUAAUCAAUUUCUUAAAGAAUAGUAAAAUUAAGAAUAUUAUAAAUAAUACUAA